CCGCGCUGCCCGCGGGGCGGGGCCGCGCUGGGCUGUCCCGGCUCGGCUCGGCUCGGCUCUGCGCGGCCGGACUCGCUCUGCCCGCCCGGCCCGGCCCCGGCCGCCCAUGGGGAGCGUGGCCCGGCGGCGGCCCGGCAGCAGGAGGCAGCGGGGAGGCUCCGCCGGCGGCCCCGCUCGCCCGUAGCCCGGCGGGGCAUGCCCGGCCCCAGGAUGCCGGCCUGGGGGAUCCUGCCCGUCACGCUGCCUGCCUUCACUAUCACCGGCAUGUGGAUCGUGUACGCCAUGGCACUCUCUAACAACCACAUCUGCCCCGUCCACAACUGGAAUUACAACCAGUCGUGUGGCGAGGACAGCCCUGGCUCCUGCUGCACACUGGACCACAUCCCUCUUGUCAGUAAGUGUGGCACCCUGCCUCCUGAGAGCUGCUUCUUCAGCCUCAUCUGCAGCCUGGGCUCCUUCAUGGUCAUCCUGGUGGGGCUGCUGCGCUAUGCCCACCUCCUGGAGCGCCUUGGGCCGUCCCUGCUCAACACCCUGGGGCUGGCCACCGGCUGGAUCUGCGCCGCUGGCCUCACCAUGGUCGGCAACUUCCAGGUGGAUCACGCCAAGGUGCUGCACUACAUCGGGGCAGGGGUGGCCUUUCCCACCAGCAUGCUGUUCCUGUUCCUGCAGUCCAUCCUCACCUACCGCAUGGCCAAAACCCGCGGGCAGUACUGGACCGGCCACUUACGUAGCAUCCUCACUGCUGUGGCCUUCAUCACCCUUGUCUUCAGUGGCGUCUUCUUCAUCCAGGAGAGUUUUGUUCUGCAGCAUGUGGCUGCCUUGUGCGAGUGGAUGUUCAUCAUCGAUGUCCUGGUCUUCUAUGGCACCUUCACCUUUGAGUUCGGGGCCAUCUCCACGGACACCUUCCUGGUCCUGCUGAAAGCCAGCCGGGCCCCCAAAAGUUACAAAGGCGAGAGCGGUGUGUCCAGCAUGGCCCACAUUCACAGCCAUGGGGAGGGGCUGGCCAUGGCCUGAACGCUGCAGGCGUGGCCACAAGGCUCAUGGUAGGGACCCCCAAAUUGGGCUCUGCUGGGACUCCCCUGUCCUGAAUGUCUCAGAGACCCUGGCUGCCUCUGGGUGUGUGUGUGCAUGUGUGCACGCAUGGGUGUGUGGUGCCCUCCCCUCCUGGUGCGAGCUGUAGCCGGGGCUCCUCCAGCAGCUGGUGUCCCCUGCCCACCAGGUUUGGGGUCACUGCUGGGGUACCA